UCCACCCCCCAAAACACACACAUGUUGUGAUUAUUGUCCAACAAGGCCUGCUAUCUACAUGGAGCGUUCCUAAAGCAUUUUUAGGUAUGUGCUAUUGGAUAUUGUCGACAUCCACUUGUGUGUUUGCCUCAGUGGCCAAUAAUGACUACAAAAAGCCCAAAAUCAGGGCACAUCAUACUUUUGCCCUACAGCAGCAAUAAUUAUGCCAUCGAAAAAGUAAUAAAACCAACCCACAGUGUAUGGGACGAUUAUGCCAUUUUUAUUCUUCUAGUUUUUUCUAUCUUAGCAGAGCAUCAAAAGUGAGAAGAUAAACUGAGAAGUCAGAAGACCAUUACCAAUCCCAUGAACUCUAUGGCUGAGCGUAAGAAGCUUCACAUAGCCAUGUUUCCAUGGUUAGCCUUCGGUCACAUAAUCCCAUUUUUAGAGCUCAGCAAGCUCAUUGCUCAAAAGGGUCAUCGUAUUUCAUUCAUAUCCACACCAAGAAACAUCGAUCGCCUCCCAAGUAUACCUCCACAUUUAACCCCCUCGAUAACUUUAGUGAAACUUCCCUUACCUCGUGUAGAGAACUUGCCAGAAAACGCAGAGGCUACCAUGGACGUACCACACCACAUAAUCCCCUACCUUAAGCUAGCCCACGAUGGUCUCGAAGAGCCUUUGUCUCACUUUUUGGAAUCUUCAGCUCCUGAUUGGAUUAUUCACGACUUUGCCCCUCACUGGUUACCACCAAUCGCUACUAAGCUAGGCAUCUCCCGGGUCUUCUUCAGUAUUUUCAAGGCAUCAACAAUAUGUUUAUUCGGACCAACAAAUCAAGACGCUCAUGAUCCACCGACGGAGCUCCAGCACUUACUGGUCCCUCCCAAAUGGGUUUCUUUCCCAACCAAAAUAGUGUUUCGGUUGUAUGAGGCGAAGAAAAUCUUCGAAUCCUUUGAAGAAAAUUCUUCCCGUGUUUCUGACUCAUUUCGUUUAAUGACCGCGUUAUCAGGCACCAAAGCCUUGGCUGUCAAAACUUGCAUGGAGAUCGAAAAUGAAUGGGUGAAGCUCCUUGGAGAGCUUCAUGACAUUCCUGUAAUUCCUGUGGGCUUAUUGCCAACCUCGGCCCAAGAGAGCAGUGACAGUGAAGGUAAUAGCACUUGGAAUUCAAUUGUUGAGUGGUUAGACAAGCAAGAGAAAGGGUCAGUGGUUUACAUAGCACUCGGAAGUGAAGUUCGACCUAGUCAAGAAGAUCUCACUGAGUUGGCACUUGGGCUAGAGCAAUCAGGGUUGCCAUUCUUUUGGGCUCUAAGGAAGCAAAGUGACUCGGCCAGUGGGGACUCGGUUCAGCUACCUGAAGGGUUCGAGGAAAGAGCAAAAGGUCGGGGGGUUGUUUGGACAAGUUGGGCACCUCAGUUAAGAAUAUUAGCUCACGAGUCGGUUGGGGGAUUCUUGACUCACUGUGGUUGGAGUUCAGUUGCAGAGGCUUUACAAUUCGGACGUGCACUUAUUAUGUUGCCCUUCUUGGUGGACCAAGGGCCAAUCGCAAAGUUUUUAGGAGAGAAGCUGGUAGGAGUUGAAGUUCCUAGAAAUGAGGAAGAUGGGUCCUUUACCAGGGACUCCAUAGCUGAGACACUAACGUUGGUUAUGAAGGAAGAGGAGGGAAAGACUUACCGGGACAAAGCUAAGGAAAUGACUACCAUAUUUGGAGACACGGACCUACAGUAUCGAUAUGUAGACAAAUUUAUUGAAUUUCUUGAACGACAUGCAAAAAUGUGAAAAAGAAAGAAAGGACAGAUUUGUGGAGUUUCUUGAACACCACCACAGCCUCUGAGCCUCUCCAUCAAUAAUUAAAAGGUGAAAAAGGAAGUAAAAUCUCGCCAAAAGUUGCUCUCUCUUUUCAACCGUAUUGAGAUUUUUUCUUUUUUUUUUACAAAAUGUUUGGAGCAUCGUUGUUCCUUUAGGGUUGUGAUUGUUUUUAGUUUUAACUUCUAAACUGUAUCUACAGUUUCUAAAUCAUGUGUAAAGUGUGGACAUUUUUGAAACAUGUGUAUACUUAAUUAGCUUUGAAAAAUUGUGAACAUUGUGUGAAGUAGUGUAGUUCAGGAAGUGUGAAACAAUAAAUUUUCCUUUAUAA